UGUUGUUUCUGCAGACUCAUACUUUUAUCCGUUGCUCUCAUUUCUUCACUUCUCUUGUAUUAGCUAUAUCAAUCACUCUUCUCUUCUGCGUGGUUGAGUCAUUGGACCUUGAUGGGUCCCUUUACACUGUCCGUUAUGGUUAAGGACUCAGCCAUUUCAUUACCAGAUGCUUGUACAAAGAGAAAACAGAAUUUAGUUAUGAGAAACUCUUUUGCAUCAGUUAGCAUGGAGAAAAAACCAUUUGACUUCUUACGCACUUUAUUCGAGGGUGUUAUUGCUGGAGGUACUGCUGGAGUUGUUGUUGAAACAGCUUUAUACCCAAUCGACACAAUAAAAACACGUCUGCAGGCUGCUCGUGGAGGAGAAAAACUAUUAUUGAAAGGCCUUUACUCUGGAUUGGCAGGGAACCUUGCUGGUGUCUUACCGGCGUCUGCUUUAUUUGUUGGAGUUUAUGAACCUAUAAAGCAGAAAUUGCUAAGGAUAUUUCCUGAAAACCUGAGUGCUUUAACUCAUUUGACUGCAGGUGCCAUUGGGGGCAUUGCUGCUUCACUGAUUCGUGUUCCAACAGAGGUUAUCAAGCAACGAAUGCAAACUGGGCAGUUCACUUCUGCUUCUGGGGCUGUUCGCUUUAUUGCUUCUAAGGAAGGCUUUAAAGGAUUUUAUGCUGGGUAUGGAUCUUUUUUGUUGCGGGAUUUGCCCUUUGAUGCUAUUCAGUUUUGCAUCUACGAGCAGAUUCGAAUAGGUUAUAUGCUUGCGGCACGAAGAAAUCUGAAUGAUCCAGAAAAUGCAAUUAUUGGCGCUUUUGCAGGUGCACUAACUGGAGCUAUAACUAACCCCCUUGAUGUCAUCAAGACAAGGUUAAUGGUUCAAGGAUCUGCAAACCAAUAUAAGGGAAUCGCAGACUGUGUUCAAACCAUUAUUAAGGAAGAAGGACCUCGUGCCUUUUUGAAGGGUAUUGGUCCCAGAGUACUAUGGAUAGGCAUAGGUGGUUCAAUAUUCUUUGGUGUCCUUGAGAGUACAAAACGUUUUCUUGCUGAGAGGCGUCCUACACUAGCUCAGCACACACACUCAGAGAAAAGGAAAGAUUAAUUGUUCUAGUUCUAGUCCUAGCCUUUUUUGCAAUUGUAUUUCUUACUAUUUUUUUCUUUUCAAUUCUCCACUCAGUACCUUUUUCCGGGUGCAAUAUUUUCUUAAAUACAGUAUACUCUUUCAAUUUUAAGCGUUGAGAGCAAAAUUGUAUCUGAUUAUUUCCCUUCGUGCUUAUCUUUGGGCUAUAACAUUGUUCAGUGUUGGCCAACUGCCGUAAAUUAUUGUGUUCAAUUUUGAGAAGCAUGACAUUAAUAUUAAUUGAGAUUAGGAUUUCUUGAUUCUUUAA